AUGACUGAAGAAACCGAACGUUCAUACGGCGGGAUAUCGAAAGAGCUGCAGGGUGAUGAUUUACGUUAUGCCCUCGAUAUAUUAAACGCAUCGCUGGCCAAAGUGUCGGGAAUGAGCGAUAAGCCCAGCUUCCAAGUGGUUAAAGUGAAGUCCGUGACGUCACAAGUGGUCGCUGGCAUGAUCUACCGCUACAAGGUUCAACUCACCCAGGACGAUGCCAUCAAAGAGAGCUACGUGAAGAUCUGGUCACGGCCCUGGCUGCCAGAGAACGGCACCAAUAUGGAAAUCAAACAAGAAGGCGAUGACAACGUGUUCGAAAUCACUUUUUGA